UUUUGUUAAUAUCGAACGAAAAGGUUUCGAAAGACAUACGAUCGGUUUUUGUAAAAUUAUAUAUAAAUUACAAGUUCUGGUGUCACUAGAUACAAAUUCAAUAUGUCCGCAAAUCGUGCAAACGCGUCGCCCUUCGUCUUGUUUACAUAAUACAUGUCCGACAAAAUUAUAUUUUGUAAAAUGUUUCAAACGUUCUCGUAAUUGUGCAGAUUUUAUUUUUAAAUAUAACGCUCCACCAAUAUUUGAAGUGAAAAAGAAAUUUUGUUCACCAGCGUAUUUUUUUGUUAUGUUGGUUGCGUGAUUGUGCAGUGAUGCGUGAAAAUUUUUGCUGUGUACCUAUAUAGAAAAAAAUAACUAUGCUCAAAUGUAUUAUAUAAUACAAGGUUAAGUGAAAUUGAAUCCAAAAUGUAUAAAUUAAUUACAAAAGUGUAGUUCUACAAAAUGAGUGCACGUUGGAGAUCAGCCUCUCUCGGUUCCCAACCGAUUCAAAGACCAAAAGAGAGAUCCCGGGCAGGAAGUGCAGCUCCAGUAACACCAGAAGUAAGAUGUGCCUGCCAAUUUUUUCAAAGUGAUUCUUUACUUCCCGAUAGAAUUAAUCCCGUAGGCUCCAGAUCAUCUUCUAGAGCUGACAAAUCCGUAGAAUAUUACAAAUCAGAUUACAAUCAAGAUGUAUCAAUGGACAUGGAUGUUGACACGAUGGGAACUCCUCUACAAAAACAAGUACUGUCGACAGAGUCAUCUUUGCGUGAUUUUAUUAAAAAAUUAGAAGAAAAAUCUGGUGAUGUAACUGAUGAUAAAGUGUAUGACUUGGAUCAAGAAUUGUCUGUGCCGGAGAUACAAAUAGAAUUCGAUAACAGAUCUGAGUCCAAACUACGUUUUGAUGAAUUUAUUCAGCAAAAAUUAAAACAAGAAGAAGCUAAAAAAUCGUCUGAAAAACCACCUCAACUCUUCGUGUCACGACUAAGAGAUCGCUCCAAAGACGUUUACAUCCCUCCACAAAGAUCGAGCACCGAGGAGAGUUUCAUCGAUGACUUAGACUAUUUGGAUGAGCCAAAACUGAAACGAAAAACACAAUCCUUCAGAACUUUUUUCCAAAAAUCACCCAAAGAUAGACCAACAUCGAAAUCACUAAAACAUCGUCCCAGGUCUCGAAACAGACGACAGAGAAAACAGUCAUUUAAAUCUUGGCUUCAAAAAUCGGCAGACCAUGAGGAAGGUCCCAAAGAACAAAAUAUUAAAGAAAAAAGAAAACGUUCCUCUUCAAUCACAAAAUGGUUGCAAAAAACUGAAAAGAAGGCAUACGAUUUAGAUAAGCCUCUUGAUCAAACUAAUCAGUUGGAAAAUAUUGAUCAAACGAAGAACAAGAAUACCUCUUGGUUUAACAAAAAUCCAGAAAAUCAAAAGGAUACUUUUGAAGAUCAAAUAGAAAAUACUGAUGAAACCAGGAGCAGAAAAACAUCUUGGUUUAGCAAAAAUAAGGAGCCAGGUGAUCACAAAAAUAUAGUUGAUGACCAAAUGGAGACUACUGAUAGUAACAAGAGUAGAAAAACGUCUUGGUUUGGUAGAAAUAAAGACCCAGACAAUCAAAAAAAUAUCAUUGAAAACAAAAUAGAAAAUACUGAUGAAUUAAAAAAUAAUAAAACAUCUUGGUUUAAUAAAAAUAAAGAUCAAAAUCAAAAGAAUGCGGUUGAAGAUCAAGCAAAAAAUAAUGAUGAAACAAGGACUGGGAAAACUUCUUGGUUCAAUAAACAUAAAGAUCCAGAACCUCAAGCAAUUACUAAUGAGGAUCAUCUAAAUGCGACAUCAGAUAAUGAUAUAAAUAAAACAACAUUAUUUCAAAAUUUGUCCUUCAAAAAGGAACAACCGGAAUCAAAACACAUGGUGGAAAAUAAUAUAAUACGAACAAUUCCUCAAAUAAAUAUAACCGAUGAUGGUGAUAAACGUAUUGAUACCAAGAAAACUGGCACAUUCAAAAACUUGUUUCAUAAGAAAGAAAUACAUGAUACUGGUGUUGGCGCAGAAGUAAUAUCAUUUGAUGCUAAAUCAGAAGAUACGAAAUCAGCAUCUAUAAAAAGGAUAUUCGCCAUAAGCAAAGAUUCUGCAGAUAAAACUUCAGAUCCUAAUGUAGCCGCAAACCUGCAUACUAAUAAACCAGUGAAUUUCAAAAGGAUUUUCUCUAAAACCAAAGAUUCCAUAAGUACAGAUAAAAAAAUAUCAGAUAAGGAUACAGAGAUUUCAAAACCAUCUCAAUUUACGUCCUGGUUUCUCAGGAAAGAUGAAAUCCAGAUGAUAUCUGACAAUGCUGAAAACAACAAUCCUGAGGCAUCUUCAACUAUAAAUACUGAUGAUAACAAAAACAGCGAGGAAAAACUAAAUGCAUUUAAAAAGUGGUUUAAUAAAAAGCAAGAACCCGCUAAUGAUUUUACCAACGAUGAAGAACCUACUAAGAACGUAACAGAAGAACCGAUUACAAAUAACGAUCCAGAGAAUACAAAAUUCAAAACCUUGUUCCACAAACCAAGUCUUAUCUUAGAUUCGGCGCCUGCUUUAUCUCAACCGGGAUUCAAUUCAGAGGAGUUGAAUAAAAUCCAAGAUGUAAAACCAGUCCUCACAAGGCCCCAAUCCUUGGAACGUCCUGGAACCAGACAGUAUUCUCAGCACCGAUCCAGGGCCGAUGACAGGCCCGUACACAAACUUAUGGAGCACUACGACAGACCUGAAAUCAGGAGAGCCGUUAUGGUAUCUCCCAAAAGGCAAAUUCCGGCACCGGCUGCUCCUAUUUAUAUUUCCGGCGAUGGAAAUGAUGAAUACGAAGCAAACGCUCGCGAUCACGAAUAUGAAUCCAUCGGCGACCCAGACUCGGAAGCCGGCCCAAAACCGACGUCAGCGGAGUCUAAUCAGAAUCAAAUCGAGCAUGAGACUUCGAGCUCGGUCCCAUUUCAAGAACCUUCACACCUUGAUGAACACAUUGAAUCCGAUAGAGAGUUGACCGUGGCAGAAAUGCAACAACAAAUAGAGGAUAAGUAUUUCAAAAAAGUUGAUGACACGUUAGUCAUGCCCACGACGCAAGCUGAUGCGCCCGAAAUGCUAGAAGAAGAUGAAGCAAAGGCUCCGACGAGGACAGUCGGUGAAAGGAGUAGAGACAUGCAGCGUAGGUUUAAAAAUCAAGCAGGCAAAUUGAAAACUAAAUUCAAAGGCAUGAAAAAACCCACGUUUACUAUGCCGGCACGUAAGAAACCUAGAAUUAGCGAUGAAACGACAACAGAAUCAUCCGACCAACCCAAACCAAAAUUAUCACCAAUGCGAAAAUUAACGAUGCCCGAUUUUAAAAUGCCAGAUCGCCCUAAAAUUUCGAUGCCAGACUUUAAGAUGCCGGAACGUCCAAAGAUUUCGAUGCCACAGUUCAAAAUGCCAGAUAAAUCCAGAUUUAAAAUGCCCGAAAGACCACACAUGCCGGACUUUAAGAUGCCGGAUAGACCUAAGAUGCCCGAUUUUAAAAUGCCAGAUUUUAAAAUGCCCGAGAUGCCCGAUUUUAAAUUACCGAACUUGAAAAGACACAACUCGAUGAAAGAACCCCCGACAAGCAGCGAGUCUACAGCAGAGGACCCGAAAAAACGUAUAGUGUUUGAUUUUAAAACGUAUCCGAGAAUUUUCACAAAGAAACAACGCGAUCAGGAAUACCACACAUCAUCCCCAAAAGAAGAGAGAGUCAUUGAAAGUUCCACUGUUCCCAGAGCUGCGGCCAGGAAAAAAGGCCCUGUGGGGGCGCGUUGGGUCAAUCGCUUCACCGAUAUUAAAUUUGUCGAUGACGGCGACACGAAACGCGGAGACUUCGAGGACCGCCUUCAUCGCUUGGACGAAGACUACAAACAGAUGCAGCAGGAACAAGAAUUCGAUGAUAUUCAUCCAGAUUCGUUCAACGAAUCCAGUGAAGAUUACUCCGGGCACCAGAAUCGUUACUGGGCCGACGAAGUGGACAGCACCAGGCCUGAAUUUAAUUACGGUGUUAAAGUUGAUGGACAAGAAACACCUUCGUCAAAUAUGGAAGAGCGUGGAUCGUCCGGGGAGUCGUACGAGAAGCGUAGAGUAGGCGUGCUGGAAGAAAUAGAUGCCGAUGAGUUUUUUUUGAGGCAACGAGGAAUUUCGCAAGAUGAUAUCGAAGUCGGUAAGUAUCUCAGCUCGGAAAUAAGAGAUGCGUUUAAGACUCCAGUCAACGCUUUGGAGCAGGUCGGUUCCUAUAAUGGCUACGAAGAACGCGAUUUAGAUAUGAAUGAUUAUAGUGCUUCGCGUGACGUCGAUGAAGGCGAAGACCUAGAUAUGGAGGUAUCCUUGACGCCCUUGAAGCCUGAACGAACACGAUCAUUGCGCCGGCAGAAACCUCACACUGAAGAUAUUAAUAGAGAUGAGGAAGUUUUUAAUGGUUUCAACACUUUUCCACCGAACAAACCUAGAAGGCAAAAGAAAGGUAAAAAAUACUUGGAGGACAAUGAACGUCCUGUGUACAACGUUGACAAAGAAUUCAACGAUGAAAACGACAGGAAUGUUCUCAAUAGAGAUAAUAUCAACAAUUUCGAGAGCUUACUUUACGAAAAUCAAAUGAUGGAAGGAAAAACGCAACCUGACAUCAUGGUAGUGCACGAUGUAUUGCUUAAUGAUAUUAACAGAAGAAUGUAUGAGAACGACGAUUUUGAAAUAGGCGAUAAUGCUUACGAAAAUGAGGAAAAUAUUAAGAAUUUAUUGAUGGAGCAACAGGGACCUCCGCCGCGAGCUCCUAGAAGAAAACGUAAACGAAGCUUGAGGGAUGUUAGUGCUUCUUCGGAACCCGGUUCAAUUAUAAACGCUCAAUUUCAAGACGAUUGGCCAAGUUUAUCACAAUUGCCUGCUGACAUCGACGACGAGGUCAUAGUCCAUCGAGUUCAGCACGAAUAUAUUAUACCUCUAGCCGAAUCGGAACAAUUUCCAAGCCCCACCCCUCCUCGUCGUACCAGAUCCAGAUCACUUACGUCCAGAGCCACCACCGCUCCUGAUGAAGACAGAACUUCACACGGAGCAGAAUCUUUAGUUUCAGACAACGACAAGGACUUAUCAAGAAACAUUCUGGAUUUGCAAGACGCUUCAGGAUAUGCAGUUGUCAAACGAACGCCUUCAGUGCCAAAGAGGAGAAAGCGGUUUUCAAAGUCGGCGGAGACUAGACCUAGUUAUCAUUCUACACCCAGAAUGAAAGAACCUCCCCCCAGGCCACCACCGAGGAGACAAUCUGUACCGGAUUUGAGAGCCGAUUCUCUAGACGCCACACAGUAUGAAGAAGUUGAAGAUGAUAAAUUGAUGAUUGAGGAUUUGAAUUCUGGUGAUGUUUUGAAUAAAAUGAAAGAUAGACCAUUACCUGCUCCUCCACGACCUCCGAGAGCAGCAAAAAGAAAAAAGAAGCCCAAACAAGAUAACUUUGAUGGUAUCGACAGCAUAUCACCUUUACAAAAAGAACCAGAACAUGAGUUAGGUUCAAUUGAUAACUUGGAGGAUGAACUCUUACAUCGACGGAUGAUACAAGACAUUGCUAAUAGAAUGGUGAAUGAUGUUAUAGAAAAUGCUGAAAUGCAAGUAGAACAAGCAGGUAUCGAUGAACAUGAAAUGUGGACACAGACUGAUCCUUUACCUGAUUGUUUUGUAUGCGAAGAUGAUGGCAUUCAACCUGAUGAAGUUAUAUUAAAAGACGUUUGGAAAGACAAAAUAGCAUUACAAGACAUUAAUAAUUUCUCUACCAUCGAAAGGAAUAAAGAUGACUCGAGAACACAUAAAGAAGAUUCCAGUAGAUCUUCACUGGAUCCUUCUGAUGUGGAACGAGCGCGUAAAAUAGCUGACUCUGAUAGUUUAACACGAGGCCUUCGUAGAUUCAGAGAAUCUUCUAGACAGCGAACAUUUUCGAGUUCUAGAACGCCGUCAGAAAGAGCCAUGUCUGAACACGCUUUAUUGUUAGAACGAACUCUAGUCACACCGACAAAAGCUGAGGACACUGAUUUAUUAAUGACGGAAGCUAAAUUGCUUGUUCAACCUGUAGAUGAUGAAUUAGAUAUUGAUGAUUUAUUAGAAGAAAAAGCAAGAGAGGAGAAAAGGAAGCAAAUGCAUUUACAAACCGCAGAGGAAGAAGCUGUAGCCCAAAUUCCAAAUAUAAAAGAUAUUUGUUUGCAAGAGACUGAAGCCAUUUGUGAACUCGAAAUUGUAGACGAACCACCUGUACCUAUGAAAAGACGUGCUAGUUUGAAAAAAUCUAGAUCGAUCCCCACACAAGAAACAGAACCCGAGCAAAAACUAUCUGCAAGUGCAGAAGUAGAUAUAGCAUUAAUUAGAAGACAGCAAGAUGUCCCAGUGGCAUCCGCACCUACGUCAGAUGUCGAGAUAUUAAAGACAAACCGUCUACAAGUUUCAAAUUUGGAUGUAGAGAAUUUGAAUGUGUCGCAACUCCAAGCAAACUCAAUAAAAGUUUCAGAAGUGGAUGGUGUAGCAAUGCAAGUAAAAGAACUCAAUUCCAAGUCAGGUAAUUUAGUAGUUACUGGUAUUGACAUAGCUCCUACAAUAAUACAAGAAAUAAUAGGCAGGCUGACUCCUACCAAUAUGCACAAUACAGCCCAAAUUUCAACGCAAACAGAUGAACCUUACGAGUCAUCUAAAAAGCAACCAGAAAGUGUUCAAGAACAUCUUGGUUUUCCACCGACUGCAAUACAAAUCGAUCCAAGUCUUUACUUUAACCAAAAUCCUUACAUGCAACAAAGCUUAUACUAUCCUCAUCCAGGAUCUGUGCCACCGGCAUCUUUUUACACUUUGAGACCACCAGAUUUCUCAGAAGAAGAAGUUCAACAAGUCCAGCUCCCUAAACAGACACGAAGGAGACAUGCACCUAAAAAAGAGUCUACAUCUGAGGAAGAGCAACAAGAGACUGUGACAAGACACAGAAGAAUGGGAACAAGGUCACCAGAGCCAUCAAUUCAAGAGAUAACUGGGCAGCUGGUACAAGCAUGCAGUAAUUCAGUGCAAAGAAAUGCUCGUCAAAUUUGGAAUGCUAUUAAAACAAAAACAAACACAGAAGAAAGAAAGCGAGAAAUUCAAAUAGCUUUGAUUGUCUUACUUGUAUUCACAGCCGGAUUGAUAAUGAUUGCUCUGAGUGAUAACAAAACUGUCCAUCACCAUCACUGGGAAUUUUUUAAUCCUCCUACAUCUGAUAAAAAUGCCUAAAGUUUUAUUUAGGCUUAAACAAGUAUUUAAUUUAUUUGCUGAUUGUGAACGUGUUGAAUUUUUGCUUUUA